AUGACAGGUGCAGACAAGUCCAACAGUGACAAGGAUACAACCCUACAAUACUUUGACUUGGAUGGCUCAGCCAGUUUAGGCAGACCCAUAGAUGUCCCAGUUAAAGGGUCAAUUCCAGCAUGGGUGAAGGGCUCCUUAUACAGGAACGGAAGCGGAGUCUACAAGAUGGGAGACCUGACAUGGAAGCAUGCCUUUGAUGGGUUCGCCGUGCUUCAUCGCUGGACCAUCAAGGAUGGAAGGGUGACCUAUUUGUCUUCAGUUCUCGACUCUGACCAUUAUAAUAAGUGUGUCAAGGUAAACAGACUGACUGGCUACAGCUUUGGCAGUUCAUUUCCUGAUCCCUGUAAAAAUAUUUUCAGCAGUAUUUUACAAGAAAGUAGUCUCAUUAUUGGAAAUCAAAUUUUGCAGGUGAGCAUUGCAAAUUACAUCGCUGUACACAUGGGUACUGCCCACCCACAUCAGGAUCCGGAUGGCACCAUGUACUACUUUGGCACCAACAUAAAGUAUUCACAGGCUUACAACUUUGUCCGUAUUCCACGGAACCCGCAGGCUCAGUCCCCUUUUGCUGGAGCAGAACUGAUUGGGUUCAUACCCAGCCGAUGGAAGCUCAACGUGGCCUACACCCACUCAUUUGGCAUGACAAAGAAUUAUUUUGUCCACAUAGAGCAACCGUAUGUCAUUAGCGUUCCUAAAAUUGCUACCAUGGCUAUGCGCCAUUCUAGUCUUGCAGACUGUAUCCGAUGCUACCCAGAAGAACCG